GAUUACCUCCACCUGUGACACACCUUUUGGCCCUGUUCUUCUAAUUUUUCAAGUGGUGCGGGCCGGCCGUAAGAUACAGAUGUCAACAUCGUCGUUUGCGUCCUACGUCAUUGCAAAGUUGUCAGGCAACAUAACAUUAGAUAAAGCGAUCGUCAGCGACAUGUCAGGACGACCUAAGAGGUUAUCGUCCAAACCUAAGCUGACGGCAGUAUGGAGGACAAAAUCGAUCCCGUACGAAGGUUCAGAUCAAAGUCAAUCUACGUUUAAAGAAGACGGUUCUCUUCUGCGCCUCCUGCGUACCAAGUCCAUGCCAUCACUGAGGCGGGGAGGUGAUCCAGCUACACGAAUACUGAAAGCAUCGUCAUCAUCACCACCAGCCCCUCACUCUGGACUGGAAAAUAACUUGAGUAUAAGCCCAUCCAAUUCGUCUCUUCCACCCGUGACGACCAAGUCGCUUAAUCCAAGGUCGAGCCAAGAUAUGAGCGAGUGUUCGGAUUCUACGAGUGCAUAUGUUACCAUGACCAUAACCAACCAAAGUGAUCAUUCCCAGGAAGAUCAUAAUAAACUCACACGAUCUGCUUCAGACGGACAUCUGUGGGCGGUGCGUAAGAAGAAGCUGAGGGAUGUUAGAAACGAAUUCCCUGCAGGUACUUUACCCUCUGUCAAGAGCCUUAGGAAUAAGUUCGAUGGAAAAAGUGAAACAGACUCCCAGAGUGCGGAUGAGACUGCAAGCUGGGGAAGUCCGGUGGCAGCUCAACACAUUACUUCCGAUAGUGAUGUCAUGGACAGUCCAGCUGCAAAACUCUCACCAUCCAAACCUUUCAUAAACAAGGAAACUCCAAUUAAACCAGGAAGUCUAGGAAAAUCGGCAGAAACACCGACAGAUAAGUCUUCGUCAAAAAUGCUGGAAACCCCUCCAAAGUCUAUCAAGAAACGUUUACAACAGUUCGAAAAGUCACCCCAGUCACUUCCAGACGACUUACCUAACACUACCCUCUCCAGUGAGACCCACACAGCCAGUGGUGACACCGUCUGGCAGGACACGAGUGGAACAUCGCCGUGUCCAGCAUCAAAACCGAUAAUGAUUGUAGAAAAACGACCUGAACGAGAGUCAAGGCAAAAAAGAAAAAACGAUGGUAAAGGCUUUCGUCCCAGAGCAAAGAGUGAGCCGGACCCAUCAUCUAUCCGGCGUCUAAACUCAGAGACAAUACCUGUGUCAGUGAGAAAGCUGAAGAUGCAGUUUGAGCAGCAAGCAACGAUAGAGGCCGCUUCGAUCAAGGCACCAACCUCCCCACACAGGGCGUAUCAGAAGAGGAAAGAGAAGCUGACGGCUGGACAUACCAAAGUUCAGACUGAAGUAACUGGGGUGAGCGACCAAGACAACAUAGACAAACGGAGUGAGAAGCCCAGUACUCCUCCUCGCGAACUCAAGCCUCCAAGAGUUGAAGGUCGUGACACAAGUCCUGCACCACUUACUCCGGAGGUGAUCGUGGACUCCCAAGCUACUCCGUCAGUGAGAAAACUGAGGAAACAAUUCGAAAAAGCAUCCUCAACUCAGUCUCACACCAAGAGUGCUGGUAGAGACGUACCUAGCAAACCACGCAUGACCAUCAAGAUGGAGCUCAGGUCACCCUUCGAGGACGCUUUUGACCCCCAGGAGACCGAAGACCAGAAGAAAGAAAGACUAAAUCACACCCUUACUCAAGAAAUCCAUUACGGAACUUCAGUACGGAACAUCCUACGUCAGUUUGAGACACUCUCGCCUGAGGAACACAAAACUCAAGUAGAUCGGAAGUUUACAUUCGAAAAUAAACCUCCAGAUGAAGCAAAACCAGCCGGAGAGAUUUUAUCCCUAUCCCUCGGGGAGUCUUCCACACGAGACUCAGAAGCGAAGCUAGAUAUAAGCCAAGACUCCGAGAUGGACUUCGAUGUCGACAGCUGCAGUAGUUCUUCAGAUGUUGACAAGGCGACCCUGCUACCUGGAAUACAGGAGAGUAAAACAGCGUGGUCCAGCGACGAUGAUGACGAAGACACGACAAAGACAGUUAUACCGAAGGACAUAGAUACAAGAGAGACGAAGAAGAAGAUUGCAGAAUACUGGGCACUUAGAGAGUUAGAGAUAGAGGGAAAUCAAAGAGAAGAACAAACGAAGAUGGAAGAUAAAUAUGUAGAAGAAGAUGAGAAGGAAAGAGAGAAAGACAGAAUGGAAAAUGAAGAGGAAGAGCAGAAGAGGAGGGAACUUCACCAAGCAGAAAUAGAAAGGAAGGAAAGGGAAAAUUCAGAAAGGGAACAGAUGAAGGAGAAAGCAGAACAGGAACGGAAGGAGAAAGAGAGGGUGGAAAAAGAGCUUAAGAAGGAAAAUACAGAGAAAGUACGUAAGGAUAAAGAGAAAGCACAACAACAAAAGGAGAAAGAGAGAGAGGAACAAGAGCGUAAGAAGAGGGAGGAAGCAGAGAAGGCAAUAAAGGAGAAGGAGAAAGCAAUACGAGCAUUAAUCAAGAAAGAGAAAGCAGAAUUAGAUCGACAAGAGAGAGAGAAAAUGGAAAACGAGAGG